AUGUAAGUAGAUACGUCUGAUUGCUUCAGUAGUUGGGAUUAUGACAAAAAGUAAUUGAUGAAUAAAUUCUGCACUUAAUUCAUAAACUAUUCAAAGUUCAAAUGCUAAUGUUCACUUCCUUGUAAUUCUUAGCUUCUCCAUAUGUAGAUUACUCCGUUAUAAAUAUAUACAAAUAAUGAAGUAACGGAAAAAACAUAUAAAUAUUUAAAUAUAUCAAAAGAUUAAAUUGGUCUCAAUGCUAUUAACCAUAUAGUAUUUAUAAUCAUUUAAAAUAUAGUCUCAUCACCUAUAAUUCAACCUGAGUAUUUAAUAUUAUAUGUAUUUAUUUAUGCUAUGUGAAUUACAAUGUAAUGUAAUUAUUGAGAUAGUUGAUAGUUAGGCUUUGAAUGUCUCACCACUAAACAGUAAUUUAGUUAGAUAAUUAGCAAUAUUAUCAAAAAAAACUUCAAUAGUUUUUAUAAAAUACAAUUGAAAAAUUAUUUAAUAAUUAAUAAAGCGAAUAAACCGAAUUUGCAUUGUUAAUAUAUUAAGGCUUACGGUUGUGUUUAUUUAUUUUAAAAAAAAUUGAUGCUAAAUACUAACUUUAAUGCAUAUUAUGUACAAUAACCAUUCUUCUAUCCAUUUGGAUACUAAUAUUUGAUCAUGCCAGCACCUAUUACACUAGCUAGCACUUAGAUAAUUAAUCCUCCAAUUCAAGUUUAUGAUAAUCUAACUUAAACAAAUAAUGUAUCUAGUGGGUUGAACUAACAAUAAGGAGUACAAAAACUAAAAAAUAUCUCUGAAACCGAAAGCCAUCUCAAUUCUGAUAGUGAUAAUGAUGAACCUAGAGAUACUCCUUUUCAUCCUAAAUCAACUAAGUCUAAUCUAACUAAGAACAUUUAGAAACCAAACCUUUUGGUCAAAUCUACUAAUAUCCAGAAGAAUUAUGCGAAAGCUAUAGUGUCUUAUGCAUGUAGGUAAAGAACAAUAAUUUUUGAAACUCUUGGAGAAGAGAAAGGGGAAGAAUUCAUAAAAUUGAUGAGUCGUCUCAAAAAUAAGCUGAGAAAUAUUGCACACAUUACGAAGUAUACUCACGCAGAAGAGUUUUUAUCAUUAUUCAGAAUUUUAGGGUAUCUUUAGUGUUCAUAAUUUUAGAAACAAUUUCAUUAAAAAGGACUCAGUUAGUUAUAUCUAUAACUCUAAGAUAAUGUAGAAGAGUUGUCAUUUGUCCAACAUGACAGUAGUUAGGAAUUCUCUAUUAAAGUAUUGA